UUGUUUUGUUUCUAUAUAAGUUGAUAUUUUCAGUAUUUGUUAUGUGAAAUCUCUAAGCUUUAUGGUGUACUCAUGUUCAUCUCUUUAAGAUAAGCUCAUAGAAAGUCACAAAAAAGUUCAUGUUUUUUUUUUUUUUUUUUUUUUUGCAUUCACUUAUAGGUGUGGUUGAGCUUAAGUUGUUUGAAUUAGCUUGAAUAAGAUGAGACAAUACUCAAUUUGAUUAUAGAUGUGCCCUUUUUUAUCAAGUUGUCAAGAGCCUGGGCUCUAUGAUAGGCUUUAUUUAAAUGAGCUUAUGUAGCGGAGUAGGAGUAGCAACUGGGUGGGUCGGAUCGGAUAUGGGUGAGUCGGGAACGGGUUAAACAAAAACGGAUAGAUUAUCCGACCCCCCAUAUUUAACACGGAUAUGAAAUGGGUUAACGGAUAGAUAAUAUGGAUAUCAAUAUUGUCGGUGAUUUCAGGAAUAGUCAGGUGAGAACACAAGCCAAAAGCCAAAAUAAGCUUAGAUUCCCAGAAAGCAAGAACUCAUGAAAAAUAACAAGCAGAUAAAUGAGUAUUGCUAAUAUGGAUAUCCAUAUUAUCCAUCUGGAUACCCAUUUUUUAGUGGAUAAUACCCAUAUUUGAUUCAUCUUUAAACGAUCAGUUAUCCAACUCGUAUUUAAUGAGUCGGAUUGGAUGGUUACUUUUAAAAAAAAAUAAAAAAUCAUUUUGCUGGUCCCAUAGAAAAGGGAGGUGGGUUGUUAUAAUCACUCUCAUUUGAGUUUUGACUACCAAAUCUUCUGUCUUGAGUAAUUGGAGAAGAGGAUUUAAGUGGUACAGAUUGAGUUAGGCACACGGGAGGUGCAGAAAGUAAGCCGGUUCAAAAGAGAGAGUUGGAUAUGCUUUUCAGUUUUGCUUCCAAUGCUGUAAUCUGAUAACUCUUCAGGCAUUCUUUUGUCCGUCUCUUUUAUGAGGAUCCAAACCAAGCCACGAGGAGCUUUUUUUUUUAAUGUUUGUGCUUUAGUUUACUUAGCAUCAUCUUGUACCAUAGGCUGCACUUAAGUUUCUAGCUCCAUAUUGUGACAAGAUAGUGAAAAUCAAAAGAAAACAUGAUGACCCCAAUCAGAAAAAGCAAAAACAAAUUAACUGGCUCAAAAAAAGACGUGCACCAUCUUUUUGCAAAUUUCACCUUAUAUGAAGUUUUUUUUUUCCUUACCAACAAAGAUAAUUUUGUGACCAGAUCACGAUAUAACCUAUGAAAAACUUGUACUUCCAGGUAGUUUUUCUAGGGAGAGAACCAUCAGUAAGCCUACAAUUUUGUAACACAAGUAUUGGAUGUGGCAUAUUCUAAGGGUUAUCUUUUAUGCAGAAGAUGAAAAUUUUGCAUUCACAAGCUAAUUUUAUUUUGAUCAAUAAAAACAAGAACUAAUUUUGUUUUGUGAAAAGGGAGAAAAAGAGGAGAGGAAAGAGUUCUUAUUGAAUUGGUUCGAGGUGAACAACAUAUAUGACUCCUUAUGUCGGCGUUUAAACUAACAUCAAAUGAGGAAUUUUUAGAAUACAGAUGAUGAGAGACAGUUUUGGCUAUCCGAAGGGGAUAGUUAAGUUGUUGAGGCAUAAAAGUUGGUAACACACAGUGAAGCUACGUGACCUAUGUCACAUCAUGUUGAAUAGUUAGUGCGGUAUAACUUUGUAUAUAUGAUAAUGGAGAUCCUUUAUGCAAUUGAGCGAAGUUCUCUAGUUGAGAAAUAAGUCCAGUUUUGCAUUACUUCAGUGUUCUUAUUUUUUAUUCUCCUAGAAUUUACUGGCUUCUCCUACUAAUUGUUAUCUUUUGUGUCAAAUGACCUAAGCAAUUUAGUUGAUCCUUUCUUUAACCCGUUUUUAUUUGCUUUGGUGAUGGAUGAACUGACGGGGAAAAUCCAAGGUGAAGUGCCAUGGUGUAUGCUAUUUGUGGACGAUAUAGUUUUGAUUGAAGAGACCCACAGCGGAAUUAAUGCUAAGCCGGAGGUUUGAAGACAGAUCCUGGAAUCAAAAGGGUUCAGGUUGAGCACAACCAAAACGGAAUACUUGGAGUGCCAGCUCAGUGACGUAGCGCUUGAGGAGGGCGUGGAAGUGAGGCUUGAGACACAGGCCAUACAAAAGCGGGGAAGUUUUAAAUAACUUGGGUCUAUUAUCCAAGAAAAUGAGGAGAUUGACGAUGAUGUCACACAUCGUAUUGGGGCAGGGUGGAUGAAAUGGAGACUCGCUUCCGUAGUCUUGUGUGAUAAGAAGGUGCCACCAAAACUUAACGACAAGUUUUACAGAGUGGUACUAUGUUGUAUGGCGCAGAGUGUUGGCCGUUCAAGAAAUCUCAAGUCCAGAAGAUGAAGGUUGUGGAAAUGAGGAUGUUGCGAUGGAUGUGUGGGCAUACUAGGAAAUAUAGGAUUAAAAAUGAGGUUAUCCGGGACAAGGUGGGAGUGACAUCGGUGGAGGAAAAGAUGCGGAAGCGAGGUUGAGAUGGUUCGGGCAUGUACAAAGGAGAUGCAUGGAGGCCCCAGUGCGGAGGUGUGAGAGGUUGGCUAUGAAUGGUUUCGGGAGAGGUAGAGGUAGGCUGAAGAAGUAUUGGGGAGAAGUGAUUAGACAGGACAUGACGCAGUUGCAGCUUACCGGACAUGACCUUAGAGAGGAGGUUGUGGAGGACGCGGAUUAGGGUAGAAGACUAGUAGACUAGAGAAGAUGGGUGCUUUAGACGUGAAUAAGGUGGUCCACGAACAUCAAGGGUGGCGCCUUUUUACUUGCAUGUGGUUGCAUGGUGGAGUUUUUCAUUUACUGGCCAACAUGCUGAGUCUUUUAGUGAUUGGCAUUCGGCUGGAGCGAGAGUUUGGAUUUGUACGCAUUGGCCUUCUCUAUAUCAUUGCUGGACUUGGUGGUAGCUUGUUCUCAGCUCUAUUUAUUAAGUCAAAUAUAUCUGUUGGUGCUUCUGGUGCACUUUUUGGAUUGCUGGGAAGUAUGCUUUCGGAGCUCAUAAUCAAUUGGACUAUAUAUGCCCAUAAGCUUGCGGUUUUGCUGACCCUUAUGAUCAUCAUUGUUAUAAAUCUUGCGGUUGGAAUUCUCCCGCAUGUUGACAACUUCGCUCAUAUUGGAGGAUUUAUGUCUGGUUUUCUUCUUGGUUUCGUAUUUCUGAUCCGGCCCCAGUUUGGCUGGGUGAGCCAGAGAUAUGCAUCCAGCGCAUAUUCUUCAACAUCAGCUAAACCUAAAUUCAAGGUGUAUCAGAUGGUCCUAUGGGUUAUUUCUCUCAUUCUUCUGAUAAUUGGGUUUACUGCUGGCUUGGUCAUGCUUUUCCGUGGAAUAGAUUUAAACGAUCAUUGUCCUUGGUGCCAUUAUAUGAGCUGUGUACCCACUUCAAGGUGGAGUUGCAACACAGAACCUGUUUCCUGUAUGUCCGAGCAAACAAGUAACCAGCUUACCUUGACGUGCUCCAACAGUAACAAGACGAGAUCAUAUUCUUUAUCAAAUCCAAAUACGUCUCAGAUCCAGGGGCUGUGUAGUCAGCUAUGCCGUUGAUUAGCCAUCACUUACAAUUUGUUUGUAAAUUGAUGUCUGCUAUACGUUAACAUUUCAUUAACUGUUUUUUCUUGUAUUGGAAAACAUUCUUAUAUAGUAAAAAUUUCACACAGUUCA